AUGAAACAAUGUUUCUCCCUCGGGCAGGAUGUAUCCUCGAAUUAUUCUGACUUUCUUUCUUUCAGAGACAAUAUGUCGGAUUCAAAUUCACUUGAUCUAUUCGUUUUGGUCAAUUUAAUUGACUUUCAGUCCACAAAAGUGAUCUUACUACAACAUGGACUACUUGACCGAAAUCGAUUAUGUUGGAAAGUAAACGAUAUAAAGAUCUCAACAAAAGUAGCAAUUCCAGUGCAUGGUCUUGUACCUUUAGGCAUAUCACAAAAAAUUCCUGGAGCUUUUGAAUUUAUCUCAAAGGACACUUUAAACGCAAGAUACCCAUCGAAGGGGAUUCUAGAACACGGUCCAAAACAUGAAAGAAACAUUCGUGCCAAAUCUUUAGCUCAAAACAUUGCCCAAGCUUUGAAAAAGAUUGUGACAGAAUCGUCGGAUAAACCAGAAACUUCUAUUGAUAGUGAGAUACCUCAUUCAUGGGAGCGACAUGGAGAUCUCAUUCUUUUCCCCGAUAAAAGCUUCAAAAAUGAUUUUUGGAACAAAGAGUACAUUUGGGAAGCAAUCUGCGAUUUAUUCAAAGCUAAAAGGUUAGCGCGAAGAGCUGAAAUAUUGAACAACGAUUUUAGAAGUCCCCAAGUGACUCUCCUCUUUGGACAAGAUCCCUGGGUCAACCACAUAGACAACGGCAUAACCUAUAGCUGGGACAUUACCAAAUGCAUGUUUUCCAGGGGCAAUAUCACGGAAAAACUCCGUGUGGCAUCUUUUGAUUGUCGAGGUGAAACUGUCGUGGACCUGUUUGCAGGAAUUGGGUACUUUAGCUUGCCUUUCUUAGUACACGCAAAAUGCGACUUUCUUCACGCCUGCGAGUGGAACCCUGACUCGAUUAGUGCUCUAGAGGUGAAUCUGAAGAUAAAUUCCGUUCCAUCGAACAAGUACAAGAUUCACUUUGGGGACAACCGUAUCGUUUGCCCGCAAAAUAUCGCCGAUCGAGUUAAUUUGGGAUUGAUUCCGUCCUCUGAAAUAUCGUAUGAAAUUGCUUGCAAGGCUCUUAGAAGUAACCAUGGCGGAAUACUUCAUAUUCAUGGUAAUGUCAAAUCAAAUGAUCGGGACGAGUGGCCUAUAGUGCCAUCUUUUAUCACGCGGAAGAAAAACGCGAAGAACAAAAGUUGGGACAAAUGGGCCGUCCUAACUGCUGAGAAGAUUGCCACCUGUCUCCCUAGUGCUGGGUUUGAGCAUUACCACCUCCAGAUUUUGGAUGUCUUGAAGAUCAAGUCUUACGCUCCGAAAGUCGAUCAUCUAGUGCUGGAUCUUAAAGUGUGUUUGCCGAGCCGUUGAAG